AUGGCCUCUCCGUGGCCAGCCCUCACGACGCCAGCGGCGGAGUCUGCCGCUGCGUCUGUGCAAGCACCUUUGUCGCGCCGAGCCCUUGAGUGGAGCAGCCGCGGCGGCGACUGUGUCCUCGACGCUCACGCUCCCCUCUCUCGGGACGUAUCUGCACAGCCGUCUCCAGAAGACUUUUGCCGCCUCUGCAUUCGCACGUCGUCCACCUCCUCCGCUCGCCUCGCCCGCUCGCCCCCCGCUUCUGCUUUGUUCGAAUCCCGCGCGUGCGGCAGCCGCGCCUCGUCGACAGCCCAGGCAGCAGGUUGCAAUCGCUCUGGCUGCCGGCGUGUCCCGCCGACGCACGAGGACUCGAGCCGCCUUUUCGCGGCACAGAACAGCGUGUCUGAGCAUCCACGCAGGUGUGCGGCGGAGUGCCAAGCGUCAAGAGGCUCCGCGACCUCCACGAUGCGACGGGAGCGCGGAACGACGUGCGAAUCUCGUAGAGCAGAGGACGGACUGGACGGCGACGGGGGGCACGGCGUGUCGGCCGGCCUCCGGCGCGUGAGCGGGGCUUAUGCCCAUUCUUUGGCCUUUCCUUCUCCCCAGUUUUCACCUCCUGCUGGACUGCGCCCGUCUCUCCACGAGCGCCUGCUCUGUCUCGACAUCUCGGGGCAACUCGGCGCAGGCGUGGACCUGCCGAGGUGCCUCGCGCUUCCGCUCCUGCAGCGCCUCUGGCUGGACCGCAACGGAGUGACUGAUGCGAGCUUGUGGUCGCUGCGUUUUCUUGGAGAACUUAGAUUUCUCUCUUUGCGCGACAACCGCCUGCGCCUGCCUGGGGACGGAUUCAGACAGUGCAGUGAAGAGGAUGUGUCGCGCGCGCCCGCGCCGCGUUCGCAGCUUGCGCGCGCGUCCGCCUACGGCAUCUGCGACCUGGUGCGGUCGCUAGGGAAACUGGAGGUGCUGGAUGUGACUGGCAAUCGCCUCGUGAGCCUCUUCACUCGCCUAAACUCUCCGACCUUGCGGGUGAUAGUCGCGAGGAACAACCGCUUGACGGACUGCAUGCUCAUUCCUUCGGGCUCUGGGCCCCAGCCCGCGCUCGACGCGCCCCAGCCAGGAGCUGACGCUUCCAGAUCGCCUCCUCCCUCGCGCACACUUGCUCUGCCGGCGCUGGAGUGCGUUGACGUCCGCGGAAACGCUCGUUUCGCAGCCAUGACGGGCCUUGAUGGUGCGCCGCAGCUGAAGACGCUUCUCCUCGAUGGAGAACCUUUGCACGCAGCGGCGGCCCAGAGCAGCGGGCGUGCGGGUAGCGACGCAAGCCUUUCGCGCGACGCCAGCGAAGAGGCGAGGCGGGGAGCCUCGCCGCGAGACAGCCGGUUGCGGUUCCACAAACCGCCUGCAGCGGAGGGCGUCGACGAGGAGGCCCCCCCGGGCGCUCGUGAGGAGGCCGCCGAGGGGAGCGGAGUGCCGGUCGACAGCGCACGUGGCGCCGCUUGUGCGAAGCGGAUUCGCGAAGCAGAGAGCGAGGAAGGGGACUUCUGGGGCGGCCUCCGGACGUUCCAUCACCCCAAACUCGAGAUCCUGUCGCUCGCACGCCUCCGGCAGACGGCCUCCGGAAGAAGACUCUCUACGACCGCAAACGCCUCUGACUCCUCUCUUCCGCCCUCGCCCUGCGCGUCUGGCGGCCGCCCCCUGCACUGGCGCCUGCCCGCGUUGCUACGCCUCGAUCUCAGCGGCAACCAACUCCGCCGAUUCCCCUCUUUCCUGCCGCCUCCUGAACCCGCUGCGGCCGCAGCUGCGGCGGGGGCCGUCUCUAGAGGCUCGCUUUCGUUGCCGCUGCCGCUGCCUGCGCCGUCUUCGUGCUUCGCCGCGCUUGUCUCGCUUUCCCUCGCGGGCAACUGCUUUGGCGACAACGCAGCGCGUGCGCCGCUGGAGGCUUUGACAGGCCUCGCACUCCCGUCUCUGAAGCACCUGGAUCUCUCGCGCUGUGCACUGUAUGCACUCCCGACGUCGCUAUUCAGCGGCAAGGCGCGGCUGCGCGUGCUGCUUCUCAACGGCAACCACUUCGAACGCACGGACGCCUUCCUCCACGCGCUUUGGGGACAGAAGCUCCCUGACCUCCAGCACCUGUCUCUUCGCGACAACCCUUUGACGCGUGACUUGUACUAUCCCUUGGAGCGCGACGAAAGCGACCGGGCGGUCUCCGCGCGCCCGUCCGAUUCCUCCGCGUCGCCUCCCGACGCAGGAACACGUCAGUUCUUCCCUCCAGCGGAUCAGCCUUGGCGAGCGACAGAGGACGAAAAAUGCUUCGAGGCUGCAGCUCUCGCACACGCGCAACAAGAAAGACGCACAGGGGCCCGCGACUUGCGCGCAGACGACCGCGGGAGCGAGUCGCCCAGCGCGCGACGGAGCCGAAGCUUGACGCGGCGCUGGGAGGCUCGUGGCCUUCUUCGAGAGGAGCUGCGGCGCUCCUGGGUCAUCGGCAGCCGUGAGAUAGUUCACGCGAGAGACAGGUUCAGCGACGAGAGCGGGUCAGGGCGAGAUGCGUGGAGUCACUGCGGGCGCGGAUGGCGGGGAGACAGUCUAGCGGACGCGGAGCUUUCGCCGAGGGGACUCGGGCUGCGGGCUCGGAGUGUCCUCGCCUCGGGACGGGCCCCAGUCUGCGAAUCCGCUGCGUGGCGGGCGUCACAGGGGGGGGCUCGGGAGAGAACCGGACGCCCAGGGAGUGCAAAGAGUAGAAGUGGAAGCAGAGGGCGACGCGUGAGACAAACUGUGGCGGACCUGCGCCUGCGACGAUUGGUUUACCGAGAUCGCGUUCGCGUAGCUGUCCCGUCACUCAUCUCCCUCGACGGGCUCUUGUUUUCGAGGCGAAACAAAACGCACGCCGCGGCGCCGGACUUUGUGUCUCUCCUCAGUCCGCCGGCUGUCGCCGUCCCUCCGCUGGAUUUCCACGCAGCGGCGAACGCGCGAGCUGCGCUCCGCGCCGCUGCGCUCUCGCGUGCACCACCGCCCCGCGAGAGCCCCUCGGCUCCCUCCUCCCCGUCGGCGCAGUCUCCUUCUCGGCGCCCGCCGCCUCUGCCAGCUGCCGAUUUGAACUCCGGCGCGUCGCAGCCCGGCCGAGGCCCGCAGCCAGGAUCGCUUCACGCGUUUCUGACUGAGGCGCCGCCGCCGAGCCCGGUGGCUCAGGCUCCCGGCGACUCGCCGCGUGACGACGGGGGAUCUCUGUUGUUUUGCUCUGCGUCUUCUUCGCUUGCCGCGUCGCAGGGCUCGUCGCUCGCCUCCGCCUUUGCGGCGUCCGCAUCGCCGCCAGCCGAGCGCCAGGCGCCGCCGACUCGCGAGGCGGACUCUGGGUCGUCGGCAUCCACGUGUUGCCGCCCCCUUCUUCCCCCGCCCUCUGCCGUCUGGGGACCGGCGCCGCGCUUGCAGGCUUUGCAGCGUGGCGACGCGGCGGGCGCUCGCCAGCGGGCUCCCUGCGCGACCCCGGCGUGUCCCCUCGGCCCCGCGGACUCCUCGCCGGCGCCGGAAGUCGCAGCAGCCGCCGCACAGUCCACGACCGAGGACGUGUCCCUUUUUCUCUCCACUUUGUCUCCAGGUGCACAAGAGGCGAAUCGCGGGGGGUUAGAACGGGGGAAGACUACGAGCAGGGGGCUGCCAUAUUCGCGUGUGGAUCCCGCGGACCGCACCGAAAACCUUUUCCUCGGAGUGUCCUUCGCGUUGGCGGACAGCUUUCCAGGAGGCGUUUCGGAGCCGCUGCCCGGUCGCGCGUCUUCUACUUUGCCUCUCUCGCUUUCGCUGGCCUCUCUCGCCAGUCUCUCUUCAGGAGAUUCCCGUGACGGUGGCGUCCUUCGGCGCGGCGCGGGCGACUCCCGGCGUCAAGGAGGCAGCCACGAGCGCCUCCACAGUCCGCUGCUUGAGUUCUCGUCUCUGUGCUCUGGAGAGGUCCUCGGCGAGUCGCUUGAGAGCUCCUCAUCCCCUGCGCUGUCUCUCUCGCCACGUGAGCUGACGGCUGAGCCUGCCGUCUGGUGCUCUCUAAGCGUCUCAUCCAGCGCCUCGUUGGGCAGUAAAGAGCCCGUCAGCCGCGCGUCUCUGUUUGCGUCCUGUGCCUCGGCGACGACUUGGGAGCGUUCUGCCGUCUCGACGGCAGCCUCUCCAGCGGCAGGGGGGGCAGCUCGAGAGGCUGCCGUUGCUCGUGCGUGCAGCCCGCCUUCCGCUGCGCCUGCGGGUCCGCCGCGGGGAGCCUCUUGUUUGUUUGCGUCCUGGGCGUCCUCCGCUGCCGAGGUGUCUCCUUCGCGCUCUGCUGACUCCAUGCGAGGCCGCGGCGGGUGGGUGUCCGACUCAUGCGCGCAGUCUCCUCGUGCGACCGAGGGGACGCGCGGCGCGUGGCGCCCGUCGCGACCGCUUUCUCUUCGCACGCGCAGCAGCUUUCGGCCGAGGUCUGCAUCCGCGCCUCCCGGGAGCGAGGUCUCCCGCGCCCCCUUUGGUGGGCGAAUCUGUAUCCACGGCUUUCGCGCGGGUUCGCGAUCGAGUGUCCCGCCCUCGCCGCGCAACCUCAAAGGGGUGCGGCGCGCCCUGCACAACGAAAACGAAGGCGGAGCCGGGCGCCUCGCGCGCGCGGGCGACUGGGGCAGCCAGGAGCGAGCUGCAGAAGACUCGAAAGGAGAGGACGCGCAGCAGCAUGGCAGCGGCUGUGCGGCAGACGUCGCGAGCUUCCGAGGAAUCCGGUCAGCUGAGGCAGGCGGCCCUCCAGACGGGCUGCGGCAGACCCGAGAGGCGAACGGAGAACCAGAGGAUGCAGAGUCGAACGCAGACAGCGACACUCGAGUUGAGCGAAAAGAGCGGAGAGAGGCGCUUCCAAGAGAAGCAGACGGGACUCAGGCGGACGUCGAGGACGAGCCGCCUCCAGACGGCUUCUCCUCGCCCCAGCCGGAUUCCGAGGGCGCCGGUAGAAAAAAACACAGUCCCCGCGGCGCGGCUGCGGGAGGAGAAGAGGAACUCGGCGUCGCAAAGGAGGAGGCGGAAGGCGUGCUACCAUCCUCUCUUCUUUGGUUUUCCUCUGCCUCUCGCGCCCCGGCUGUUUCGCAUCCUCCAUCUCCCACGCAGGCGCCCAGGCCAUCGCUUGACGAGUUUCAUGCGGGCGACAGAUCGGCGCGCGGCCGUCUCGCUGAGUUGCAGGACUCAUGGAAAUCUGGCGUAGCAGGUUCCUGCUGGGACGACACCGGGGCGGCGCUGGGCCCCCUUGGGGGACUGCAGUCGCCUCAGGGGCCGCCGUGUGGUGAACCCGCGAACGGCUUCUCAGAGGCGUGUCCAACUCUUCUCUUGACGGCGGAGCAUUGUCGUCCAGCCGCGCAGCGGCGCAAGAGCCCAGCGCCGGAGCGUCGGAGUGGCGACGGCCCCGAGCCGACGGAGGCGUCACGCCGCGCAGCGGCCCUGGGCACGAGCGGAGGAUUCGAGGCCUGCGCCGCGGGUGACGGCGAGCCCCAGAGCGCUCUCCUGUUGUCAGCUUCGCGAUCGGGGAGGGUGAGAGAGGCGGAGCCUUGCGACUCUGCAGCGUCCACAGCCGGCGAGCUCCCCCGCUGGCACGACGAGGCAACUGCCGCGCCUUUGCUGCUGCGCAGUGCUGCAGAGACCGAGCAUGCCGGGAGGGGACUGCGAGGAAAGCGACCGGAGGAACUCGGGUGCGGUACGCAGGAAGUUGCAUGUCGAGACGGAGGUUGCGCGCGAGUCGCGCGCCCCGGAUGCCGCACCGAGAAGGCAGCCGGCGUGUGGGGCGACGCAAGGAGACAGCAGAAGACGGACGAGUCAGCCAGGGGAGAGACGACCGCUGCGAGGAAGGCCCGCCUAGCCCUGCCUCUUGCGUCGAGCAGCGACAAGGAGUCCCGCCAGCCAGGGGAACAGAUCCAGGGCUCAGUUUCGCUUUCUCGUGCGUGUCCUGUAGGCCAGGCGCUGAGUUCCUCGGCGGAAGGCAGCGCUGAAGAAAGGCUUCAGCCGGAAGCGGCGCCCCGUUGUCCUGCGGCGGAUGCCCAUCCACAGGCUUUCAGAGCUUGUCAGGAGAAAACCGACGCCGAUCAAGAGCUCAUGGGCGAAGCCAUGUGCUGGAGACGCGCUGUCGACUUCUCCGCCAGUUCAGAGCAAGGCGAACAAUUUUUCGUCGCUGCUCCUGUGUGUCGGGGUCCGCGAAGCGGAGCCUCGAACCGCGCGAAUGCGCUAUCGACUUUGAGCCUCGCGGCUGUCUCCGCCGCAGACGCGCACGCCGCGUGCAAGCCGAGACUCAGCGUAGAGGCGCCUUCCACGGAGAAAGCCGCCGCGGGAUCGACUGUGAACAAAUCCUCGAAGGCGGUGGCGAGCAGCUUUUUCCCCGUUUCUGCAGGUCCCCGAGACAGUGCCUGGUGCGCCGCGACGCCCCGCGUGCUGCUGUCAGGCAACUUUCUCGCUGGAGAAGGCAACGCGGCGGCGGACCAUCUGACGGAGGCCCGACGGAGGUCUCCGUCAGCGCCCCCAGUAGGGACGCAGGGCGCUGAGGCUGCCUGCGCCUCCGCUUCGAAUCCAGUCGCCACGGAAGAAGCAAGCGGUUGCGCGAGUUCGUCGCCUUCGAGUGCGCGGAGCCUAGCGGCCGCUGCGUCGCUGUCGGCUCCCUGCAGCGCGACCGGAGCUUUUACAGGACUCUCCAGCAAGCCUCUCGCCGCGAGCUCAGUCCGCGACGGCAAGGGUGAACUGCUUGACGCCCCAUACUGUUCGUCUUCCGCCGAGGGCGGCAGCACCUGUGCUGCGACACUUUCUCGCGGCUCUGCGGCGAAGUCUCACUCAGAGGUCGUGGAGGGAUGCGAGCUUGGAGGGCGAAGCCAGGAUCUUGAGGCGCGGGGCCGUAUGAUGUCACAGCAGAGCAGAGCCGGCGAACGGGGCUUCGGAGGGUCGCUCGAUUCUCCGUGUGAACGUUUCUUUGGUUCACCAGCUUCUGCGAAGGAACUGACGAAGGCGUCUUCCCCUCGCAGUUCGUGUCGCCCGUCCACCGACCUGUCGCUCUCUCUGUCGAGCUCGUGCCUGAGUCAUGACCGCCAAAGCAGCCCGUCGAUCCUCCUGCCGGCGGCGGCAGCGCGGGGGGACUCGCCAGGAUCUUCCGGCGAACAGGGAAGAAGCGACGAUGAAUACGCCGCCGAAAGCCCUGACAGAGGGCGGUGGAGCGAUGGCUGGGCCGCAGCUGCGGGGCUCCUGCCCCCCACAAAGCCCGCGGCGGGUCAGACAGCGACACACUCGCCGGUCGCCCCUGUCGCGUUGGCCUCUUCCGAGACGGGGAGCCAAGGCAGGGAUCUUCGUUCUGCGUGUGUAUAUAACUCAGACGUGGAAGAAGCAACUGGCGCAUGGCGAACUGGAGAAAAAAUCCAGAGGGAUGCGUCGUCGCCGUCUUCGCGGCUCGCAGGAAGGUUUCGGUUUCCUUCCUCGCGUAGACGAGCCCUGCGCAGUCUCCUCGCGCCCUCGCUCGACUUCGGUGCGGCCGCCUCUCCCCCGGCGUCACCUCUGGGCUCCGAAGGCGUAGGCGUGGGCGCCGAGGCGCCGCCCAGCAGGACGCGGUUUGUGAGGGAGACAAACACGGGCUGCCGAGAGGAUGAGUUUUCAGGACCGAACGAGGGAAAAGACGAAGGCAGAGCGCAUCCAACAGACGCAAUCGCUCUGGCGAGCGCGCGCGAUGCAGGACGGCGAGGAGCAGACGGCGAGGUGAAGUACUGCGCCCGAGGCGCCGCAGAGGAACCCUUGUCUGCGGGUCUCGCCAGGUUGACUGCCGGGCAGCCGGAGGCGGAGGCUGAGGGCGGAAGAGCCACACGGAAUCGCGGAAGAGGCCGAGAGGAGCCGACGCGCGGCGAGGAGGGCCCGUGGCAAUCAGCCGUUCGAGAUGACGUUGCCGCACGGGGGACAGAGACGCAGAGCAGGGCGGCCACGAGAUUCACCAGCGGCGAGGCUCUUCAGAGGCGAGGGCCUGGGCUGGAGUCCGCGAAGCGUCCGCAGUGCCCGCCGCGGACGCCAGGCGGGGACGCAGCUGGGAAAAGCGCAGUGCCGGUGAGCGCGACAGCCGCUGGCAGGCAGCCUCGAGAAGGAGGCGGGCGAGCGUGCGCGCCGCGCGUCGAACCCCGCGCGCCACGGAAGGGCUUCUGCAGCGAGUCCGCAGCGUGUGAUGCGCGUUUUCGUCCUCUCUCGGACUUCACCGAGACCCGCCUGAGCCGACUGGAUGCCGUUCUGGAGAAAGCAGGAAGGCGCCACGCCGCUGCACUCGGCGACGCACCCGGUGGCGCGGAAGAAGGCAACUGGAUCCCCGUGGGCGUCUGCAAGGCGUUAAUCGAUGUCGUCGCGAAGGAAAUCCAUCAAGUCGCCUCUACGAGAGCGUCUGGCUCGGGGGUCCGCGGCAGCCCGCCGCAGGAGGAUGCCUGCGCCUCCUCUUCGGGCUCGUCCGUUUCUCAGGCGCCGGUCCCUUGGCCCUCGCCCGCCUCGUCGGUCUGCGCUGUCGCCUCGGCCGCUCACACCGCUCCGGCUAGGUCAAGCUCGCGAGAAAGAGGGUCGCCCUGCGGUGCGGCGCUGGCGCAAGCCGUCGAGUCGCUAAAAGCCGUCGCGAAGAACGGAAUCCUCGCCGCUGUGCAGGUCCCAGGCCGGACAGGCGAGGACGCGUGCAUUCCGCGCGCCGCCGCGCUUCAGAUCGUCUCUCAGUUCAUCGCGCACUGCGUUUGCGUCGGGCGUCGACAGGCGCCUGGCGUCGGAGAUCCACGGGACUCGCCUCGAGCGGCGAGGCGCCUGCAGGCGGGCGCCUCCGGCCAGGCGCCGGCCGCGGCCUGGCUGCGCGACGCAGGCCCGGAGAGCCCAGAGCCGGGCCAGGCGGCGGACGGACUCGGUUUUUGCGGUGGUUCACAGCCUUCUGCGGCCGCCGCAGGUAGCGGGGGAGGUUCAGUGUACUCCGCGUUCUUCGCGCGGCCUGCUGAGUCCUCCUUGGAGGAUCUUGAGAGACGAGGCGCAGAGCGUCGCCUUCCGCCGGCCGGCGAGGCGGAGCGCUCUCAGGCUGCGCGGCUGCGAGCUGCGGCGGCAGCUGCUGAGGGCGGCGGGCUCAGCGAGGCAGACGUCUGGCCUCUCCGGCGCAUUGCCGCGGUUGCUUCGCAGGUGCGUCAGGCUCUCAGUGAACCGCCGGGAGUCGCGGCUGCGGCGGGGGACGCCCCGUCAAACGCAGAGGCGGCGAGCCCCAGCCGGCUCGACCGAGAAACGAACUCUGGUCCUGGGUGUGGGAGAAGGGGGUGGGGGUGGCGCGUUGAGGACGUCCGCCAGCAGCUGGACGCCCCGCUGCGGGCGCUGGACGCGGCGCUGAUGGAGAGAGCCGUGCGGCUUUGCGCCGAGAACCAGGCGGAGGAGCCGGGGUCUGCUUCACCAGCGUGGCCUCGCGUCUAUGACUCUGUAGAAGGCACCCCCGUCUGGGCGUCUGGCGGCACACCGCUGGAGCUUGAUGACCUCCUCUCUGCUGAUUUCCCUCGCGCGCCCUCCGAACUCGCAGGCCCGGCACCAGACGCCCGCGUGGCGCCCCUCGCCGUGGGAACUGGCCUCUUCGCCAGUUUCGAGGAGACAGGCCCCGCAGCGCCUCGCCUAGGUCUGGUGUGGGCGCCGCCCAGGGGCGCGGGCCACGCGGCCCGCGCUGGGGCGACAGGGCGCGCGGAAGUCGCGGGCCUUCGCCGCGAGUUCUCGGCCGCAGAGAUCGUGAAGGCGCACCCUGGCGGCUGCCUCGUCGUGGACUACCCUGCCAACUGGAAGCAGGGGCCGCACCACGACAGCGCGCGUGUUUCCUCAGAGUCUGCACGCGAGCUCAGACGCACCCGUGCGGUGGAGCACCGAAUCGCACAAGGCGCGCGUCAGCGAUUCGAGGCCUGGCUGGCUGACCGACGCGCAGCGCGGCAGCGGCUGCGCGAAGAGCGGCGGCGCCGCCGCCAGAGCGCGGAGGAGGCGGCACGCCGGGGAGCGCCCGAAGGCCAGGCGGAGAGCGGCGCGUCUCUCAAGCGGAGAGAGACUGGAGAGACGGCACGCCGAAGGGCGGCGAUAGAGAGCGGGCGAACGGCGGAAGCGCGUCUUUUGCCCAGCGAGCGCCCCUGGUCGGAGGGACGCGCAGCGGCCCUGCGAGGCACUGACGGCGUCGCGAAGGUCGACGGGGCACUGGUGAAGAGAGGAAAGCUUCUGCGGCCGACAGGCGCGAACGCGCCGGUAGCGAGAGGGAAGAUGUCCGCUUUCCAAGUUCAGCCCCGCCGCGAGGCGGAGGCGCGCGGGGACGGCCGGGCUCCUGCAGGCCUCGCGCACCGCGAGCGCCUGCGCACCUGCGGAAAGCCUGAGCCUCUAGCGCCGCGGCAGACGCUGUCGCCGGAGCGCCAGACGCAAACUGUGCCUCUGCAGCGCGCCGGUGUGCGCUCGCGCGCGGAAGAAACGACUUCAAGGCGAGGCGACCUGACUAGAGAUCGACCUAGGGAGGGACGCGCGCGGAAUGCUCCCGCAGCCGAUGCUGCGGCGUCGCUGAAGGGGCGGCUCUUAAUCGCCUCCUCGCAGAUGGCCCUCGCGCCGAAGCGCUGUGCCGGGCGAGAGACAGAACGGUAUGGAGACACGGCGACGGCAGCAGUUGACCGCAGGCGGCCUGCGGGGGGAGAGCGGGCGGCGGAAGGAGGAAAGCAGGAGGCGAGCGCGCCAGACGCGGGCGCAUCGGGCGAUGGAGAGGAAGAGAUGCGCAUCAUCACAGCUCUCAUGGCAAUGCGGCGCGAGGCCUCCUCUCCCGCGUCGACUCGGUCGCCUUCGCUUCCUUCCUACUGCCCUCUCCGUGUUCGUCGCACGCCGCAUCUCGCCUUGGUUUCCUCCUUCUCCUCGUUUCUCUGGUCUUCUCCUUCUCUGCGUCCGACGUCGCUGGAGAGCUCGGAGCGGCCUCCAUCAGAAAGCAUCGCCUCCUCGUCAGGGGAAUGCCCAAGGGCCGCAGGUCGGGGCAUCUCUCUGCUCGCUCCGCGGAGUGCCGGCCUCCCGGCGCCGCGGAGCAGCGUCAACAUUCUCUUUUUCUGUGCGCCGAGCGUGCGUCUUCUGCGAAAGAUCUUCAACGCGCCUGGGGGCUUCGCGAACGAGCCGCCGGCGACUGCCUCCGCCCUGCCAAGCGGAGCUGCAAUCCGCGGGCGCGGCGACGAUCGCGAACUCGAAUCUCGCACGAGAGACAAAAAGGCCGGUCCCAACAACCACUUCCAGUGUCUUCUCUUUGGAAGGACUGUAGAGGAGGCAGAAGCGGCUGCGCGAAUGGUCGUGGAGCGCCGGCGCGGUCUCCUUGAGCAGGGCGUGGAGAGGUGCACCAAAGUUUUGGCCGCGCUGGACAAGCCCCGAGACGCGCAUGCGGCGGCGCUGCAGACCGAGCGGCUGCAGGCGGAGCGGUGCGUGAAGGCCUUUCAGAGGCAGCUGCGCGAGCUGCGUGAGGCGGGCGCAGAGGAGACACGCGAAGUCCUCGUCUGCGCAGUCGCAUGCAGGAAGUGCGUCUCGGCGUCUGUGGAGGAGACUACGAAAGGACAAGUCGAGGAGGGUCACUUGCUGCGCGCGGUGGAGGCCGCUCGCCGGCAAGGUGCAGACUGCGUGGACUUUGCUGCCGCUGGAAUCGUCGGCUUGCUCGACCCGACACGCGCGGCGCCGCUGUACCACGUGCUGUACGAAGCUCCGUGGUCAGGUCGCCGCAGGGAGCAGGCCGGAUGA